AUGAGGCAUCGCGUAAUAGUCAUUGUCCUUUUUUUGUUGUGGCUUUUUGGGAAAUCGCAUGGAGCGUUUCCAAACCAGAUAAAUAUAGGUGGUCUCUUUAUGCGCUCUACAGUGCAGGAGCACAGCGCUUUCAGAUUCGCUGUCCAGCUGUAUAAUACCAAUCAAAAUGUGACGGAAAAACCUUUCCAUCUCAAUUACAAUGUAGACAAUCUCGAAUCCUCGAACAGCUUCUCCGUCACACAUGCUUUCUGCUCCCAGUUCUCCAGAGGAGUGUACGCCAUCUUCGGCUUCUACGACCAGAAGUCCAUGAACACGCUGACCUCGUUCUGUGGGGCUCUGCACACCUCCUUCAUCACACCCAGCUUCCCCACCGAUGCCGACGUGCAGUUUGUCAUCCAGAUGAGGCCUCCUCUACGGGGAGCUGUCCUCAGCCUGCUGGCCCACUACAAGUGGGAGAAGUUUGUCUACCUCUAUGACACCGAGAGGGGUUUCUCUAUCCUCCAGGCCAUCAUGGAGUCAGCGGUGGCCAAUAACUGGCAGGUUACAGCCCGGUCGGUGGGCAGCAUAGUGGACCCUACAGAGUACAAACGCAUCAUAGAGGAGAUGGACCGUAGGCAGGAGAAACGCUUCCUCAUCGACUGUGAAGUGGGAAGAAUCAAUGCCAUCCUGGACCAGGUAGUAACCCUGGGGAAGAACAGCAGAGGCUACCACUACAUCCUGGCUAACCUGGGCUUCGCUAACAUGACCCUGGACAAGGUGUUUGCUGGAGGAGCCAAUAUAACAGGCUUCCAGAUCAUCAACCCAGAGAACCCAAUUGUCAUACAAUUCCUCCAGCGCUGGGAACGCCUAGACGAGAGGGAGUUUCCUGAGGCUAAGGGCACUCCGCUGAAGUACACGUCAGCGCUGACCCAUGAUGCCGUGCUGGUCCUGGCAGAGGCCUUCCGGUACCUGCGGAGGCAGAGGGUGGACGUGUCCCGGAGGGGGAGCGCUGGGGACUGCCUGGCCAACCCAGCCGUACCUUGGAGCCAAGGCAUUGACAUAGAGAGAGCACUCAAAAUGGUCCAGGUACAAGGUAUGACAGGGAAUAUCCAGUUUGACUCGUUCGGUCGGAGAGCCAACUACAGUGUCGAUGUGUAUGAGAUGAAACUAGGGGGGCCCAAGAAGACCGGGUACUGGAAUGAAUACGAAAAAUAUGUAUUUAUUGUGGAUGCGCAGGUCACCAACGAGUCCUCUUCUGUGGAAAACCGAACGAUUGUGGUCACUACUAUUAUGGAGUCUCCUUAUGUGAUGUACAAGCGAAACUACUUGUCGCUGGAGGGGAAUGACAGAUAUGAAGGCUACUGUGUCGAUUUAGCUGCUGAAAUUGCAAAACAUGUGGGGAUAAGAUACAAACUGUCAGUAGUUGCGGACGGGAAGUAUGGUGCAAGGGAUCCAGAGACCAAGACGUGGAACGGGAUGGUGGGUGAACUGGUAUAUGGGAGAGCCGAUAUAGCAGUGGCUCCUCUAACUAUAACACUGGUACGAGAGGAAGUGAUAGACUUCUCUAAGCCUUUCAUGAGCCUGGGGAUCUCCAUUAUGAUAAAGAAGCCUCAAAAGUCAAAGCCGGGUGUGUUCUCCUUCCUGGACCCGCUGGCCUAUGAGAUCUGGAUGUGUAUAGUGUUUGCCUAUAUCGGCGUGAGCGUGGUGCUCUUCCUGGUCAGCCGCUUCAGCCCUUAUGAGUGGCAUCUGGACGAAAACGACGAGGCCAAAGACCCCCAGAGCCCUCCAGACCCACCAAACGACUUUGGGAUUUUUAAUAGCCUGUGGUUCUCCCUGGGCGCCUUCAUGCAGCAAGGAUGCGAUAUCUCGCCAAGGUCUCUAUCGGGCAGAAUUGUGGGGGGUGUUUGGUGGUUCUUUACCCUCAUCAUCAUCUCCUCCUACACGGCCAACCUGGCUGCCUUCCUCACAGUGGAGAGGAUGGUGUCUCCCAUAGAGAGUGCUGAGGACCUGGCCAAGCAGACAGAGAUUGCCUACGGGACCCUAGACUCAGGCUCCACUAAGGAGUUCUUUAGGCGCUCCAAAAUAGCAGUUUAUGAAAAAAUGUGGUCUUACAUGAAAUCAGCUGAACCAUCAGUGUUCGCCAAGACGACACCAGAAGGGGUUGCCCGAGUGCGAAAGUCAAAAGGCAAAUUCGCCUUUCUUCUUGAGUCCACAAUGAACGAGUACAUUGAGCAGCGGAAACCUUGUGACACCAUGAAAGUGGGCGGCAACCUCGACUCUAAAGGAUACGGUGUGGCAACACCUAAAGGCUCAGCAUUAAGAAAUGCUGUUAACCUGGCAGUGUUAAAACUGAAUGAGCAAGGCCUCUUGGACAAAUUGAAAAACAAAUGGUGGUACGACAAGGGAGAGUGCGGCAGCGGGGGAGGUGACUCCAAGGACAAGACAAGUGCUCUAAGCCUGAGCAAUGUGGCGGGAGUCUUCUAUAUUCUGGUUGGAGGGCUAGGGCUGGCUAUGACUGUGGCUUUGAUAGAGUUCUGCUAUAAGUCACGGGCAGAAACCAAAAGACUGAAACUGGCUAAGAAUGCCCAAAACUUUAAACCAGCUCCUCCGGCGAACACCCAGAAUUUUGCCACGUACCGAGAAGGCUAUAAUGUGUAUGGAACAGAGAGUGUUAAAAUCUAGGGGGAAGGUACAGUCACUCUGGAGGAACACAACCCACUGGCUGGCACCCUGGAGGCGACAGACAUGGUCGUCAGCUUAGACCCAAACCCACAGUCAACAAAUGCCCAUCUUGGCACCCUGGAGGCGACAGACAUGGUCGUCAGCUUAGACCCAAACCCACAGUCAACAAAUGCCCAUCUUGGCACCCUGGAGGCGACAGACAUGGUCGUCAGCUUAGACCCAAACCCACAGUCAACAAAUGCCCAUCUUGGCACCCUGGAGGCGACAGACAUGGUCGUCAGCUUAGACCCGAACCCACAGUCAACAAAUGCCUAUCUUGGCACCCUGGAGGCGACAGACAUGGUCGUCAGCUUAGACCCAAACCCACAGUCAACAAAUGCCCAUCUUGGCACCCUGGAGGCGACAGACAUGGUCGUCAGCUUAGACCCAAACCCACAGUCAACAAAUGCCCAUCUUGGGAUGCCAAACCUGGCACGAUAAUCAACGACAGUGACACGAUAGGACUUGUUUCUUGAAAUAUGGGACCUGCCUCUCUUAGUGCCUUACGGAGCAUUCAGCGUCACAACAAUGCAACUCCAUUUUGGUUCAUUUGAAAAUACAGAAUCAAAAAAUAAUAUAGGGGAGGAAAGAAAGAAAACAUUGAUACUGUUGUAAUCUAUAUACGUGGGUUAGUUUUUGUUUAGUUAUUUUGACGGAAAAAAAUGCCAUUACUUGCCAUUAAGAAACUUAUCCCAGAGAACAUUUUAAGUCAUUUCAAUCCUUUACAGGCAUAUUUUAGUGGUAAAACAUUGACAAUAUUUUUGUUUGUUUUAUUUAACGUACUAGUCAACUGCCUAAUUUACUAUACAAUUAUGUUCAAUGUCAUAUAAUAAUCUAAGAUAAACUUCAAUCAAUAGGAUAGGAUCAAUAGAAAAUGACAAUAUUGUACCCUCGUUCUGUAUUUAAAAAAUUUGCAUAAUUUGAAACCAUUGAUUAUUCAAAAUGUCUUAGGUGCUGUCAAUUUUCUCAGAGCCUGAUGGACAAACUGACACUUUGUCAUGGCAGCAGCAUAACAUGACUGGUUAAAACAAAUGCAAUAUUUAACUUGGGUCACACUUGUCACUACUGCCAAAAAUGUUCAAUUGAAAACAGAUUUUAUGAAGAUGUGAUCCGUUUUAAAACAGAUAUGGUGUCUUAUUGUAAUUUUUUUUUUUGAUUGAACAGAGAACAAACAGUUGUAGAGAACACUUGGAUAUUUACAGUAUAGGACUACCAAGCAUAAUAGGUGUUUGGUUAUAAACAGUACGCCCCUUUUGACAAUAUAUAAAAUGUUUAAGUACUCCUCCUAAUCAAAAAUCUGCUACAUUUCUUACACAUUAAAAUGGAAAAAGCUUUAUAAAUGUAAGUCUUAUUGCAAUUGCAAUCUAAUGAUAUCUUUAAAGAGGGAGCUCUCUAUUAUAUGAACAUGCUGGGUAAAUAACAGCACUGUAUCUGUAUCUGGUUGGGAUUUACAUGACUUUCUUUGUACCCGUUUGUUUUCUAUUGAGAUUAUGUAGUGAAUGAUGAGCAAUGAGAGUGGAGAGAGAGAGAUCAGAAGAAUACAACGAGUAUUUCUGUUUGAAUGUUUCUGCCAAAACUGUGAUCCACUACACUUUGAAGACACAACCAAGACAAAACUGAUGAUGAAUAUGAGAAUUCUUUAUGAACCACGGACGACCAUAAAUGUGAAGAAACGUAUAUUUGUUUAGUUUGAUUUUAUUAAAUGAAGGCUUCUCAUCAUUUUUACCCAAGUAAAACGCAUGUGGAAGAGGUGAUCACUUGACCAAACUGCAACCUAAAGCAGACCCUAGGAAGUUAACAAUCUCAAUUUUAGAACUCAUUUGAUCCUUUCGGUUCUUUUAUUUGUAACUGCAUCUCAGCAAUGAGAACUCCCAAGCUGCAUAGUGAUAACAAGAACUGCAUGUCUGGACAUACUGAACCUUGUUAGUGAGGUUCUGUACAAAGAAUUUUAUUACAUUUUUGUAAAUAAAAAUGGAUUUAAAAAUGGG